AUUUUUCGUCAAACGAAACUUUUCUCACCUUGAUUCUUUUCCCCCUCCAUCGUGGCAUUCUCCGCUUACGAUGGAAUCUCUGGGAGAAGAGCCAUGGGACGUGGUUAUCUGCGGCACGGGUCUGCAGCAGUCGCUACUGGCUCUAGCUCUCUCGCGGUCCAAGAAACGCAUCCUACACCUUGACCCUAAUGAUUACUACGGCGAGUACGAGGCCGCUUUCAGUCUACAAGAGUCGGAUAGUUGGGCUGCUGGAAACGGCGCUGCGCAAGAUUUGAACGCUGAAGGCGAUUCGGUGGCUGGGGAAUCGAAUAAGCAGAACAUUUUUAGGAAUGCCCUCUCUUGGACGCACCCGGAAGCUAAGGAAAAGGGUCUAUCGUUUCCUCGAGCAUACUCGCUUGCCCUAGCACCACAUAUCAUCCAUACCCGCUCCGAACUGUUGUCGCAGCUCGUGUCAUCGAGGGCAUACAGACAAGUCGAAUUCCUAGCGGUCGGCUCGUUCUUUGUCUACGAUGUGGAAGCCGGCGACGCUGGCUCGAAGUUAGCACGGAUACCUAGUAGCCGAGAAGAUGUCUUCUCUGCGCAAUCUAUACCAGCCAAAUCCAAACGGUCGCUCAUGAAGUUCCUCAAGUUCGUCAUCGACUACGACUCAGAGGAGCAGAAGCCUGUUUGGCAGGGACAGGAGCAAAAGCUGCUCUCUGAGUUCCUAACUACCGAGUUCAAGCUCGACGAGAAUCUUCGAAAGUAUAUUCUCGCUCUAACUCUAACAUUAGAUGGCCGCGUAACAGUGGUAGAUGGGUUAGCCACGAUCCAUCGUCAUCUCACGUCUAUGGGUCUAUUCGGACCUGGCUUUUGUGCCGUAUAUCCUAAGUGGGGUGGUUCUUCGGAAAUCGCGCAAGUGGCGUGUCGCGCUGGGGCAGUUGGCGGUGGCGUGUAUAUGCUUGAUACGAAGGCAGAGGUUAACAGUGAUUCUGACGAUGAGAUCACGCUCCAGCUAUCAAAUGAUGCGUCUGUCCGUACGACAAAGUUGAUCACAUUGCAAACUGAGGCUGCGCCUAAUGCUCCAACCAUCAGUCGACUUGUUGCAGUUAUCAAUUCACCUUUACAAGCACUAUUCGAGGUAGUUGUUGAAGGCGCACCAACACCUGCCGUGGCUGUUGUGGCUUUCCCAGGCGAUUCAGCUUCAGUUACGGGGAAUCCCCCAAUCUAUGCAUUGGUGCAUUCUAGUGGGACAGGAGAAUGUCCCGCUAAUCAAUGUGUAAUAUAUUUCGCCACUCUAUCAACCCCACAAUCUACCGCACGUCUUAGCGAAGCUCUAGACGCUCUUCUCUCUGCGGCUACUCCCGCAGAUGCUCCGAAACCAACUUGUCUGUAUAAACUAUCAUACGAGCAAUCCCUCAGUCCCCGUGAGCCAUCACUUGCAACCCGCGGCAAAACCUCCACCUUCGCGUUCCCAUCUCCAUCUCUAAGCCUCGCGUUCGACGACAGUUGCUUAGAUGCUGUCAAGGAAGCGUGGAAAGUAGUUAUGGGAGACGAGAGCCCGGAGAACGAGUACAUGGUCUUCCAAGACCGUGAGGGAAUGGGCGAUGAUGAUGAUGUUUAUGAGUAAUCCAGAUGAACUAAGAUUGGUGGUUUAAGUUUGGGUACGAGUACGUACAUACCAGUGAUAUAUAAUUACCUAGAUGAGCAAUGUGACAAGACUGAUACCUUUUACUAUUACUUUUCCCGAAUG